AUGCUUCACUUCUUCCUAUUCUUCCUGCUCAGACUGGCGUUCGCCCUGGGCUUCGACGCCAGUUCCAAGUCCAACGUCGCUGUAUACUGGGGUCAAGCGUCAGCCGGAUCCCAAGAAUCCUUAGCUUCGUACUGUCAGUCGGACGACGUUGACAUUGUCAUCUUGUCGUUCCUCUACUCGUUCCCUAAUCCUCUAGAGCUUGACUUCAGCUCCGCCUGCUCCUCUUCAUUUUCCGAUGGGCUGCUCCACUGUGAACAAAUUGCCAAAGACAUUAAAACAUGUCAAGGUCUCGGCAAAAAGGUUCUGCUCUCCAUGGGCGGUGCCACUGGCUCCUACGGAUUUUCCAGUGACUCCCAAGCGGAGGAAUUUGCUGACACCCUGUGGAACACCUUCGCAGGCGGCUCGGCCGACGAACGCCCAUUCGACGACGCCGUAGUUGACGGUUUCGACUUUGACAUUGAGAACAGCCAGCCCGAUGGCUACGCGGCCUUGGCCAAGAAACUAAGACAACACUUCGACUCUGCCUCCAAAGACUAUUACCUGUCAGCCGCCCCUCAGUGUUUCUACCCUGACGCGUCCGUGGGAGACUUGCUGGAAAACGCGAACAUUGACUUCGCUUUUGUUCAAUUCUACAACAACUACUGUAACGUUGACAAGCAGUUUAACUGGGAUACCUGGUUGAACUUUGCCCAGAGCAUUUCUCCAAACUCCAACAUAAAGCUAUAUUUGGGCCUUCCAGGUUCCUCGACUGCGGCUGGCUCGGGAUAUAUUUCGGACUUGAGUUUAAUCAAGUCCACAGUUCAGAGCAUCAGUGGCUCGAACAACUUUGGUGGUAUUAUGCUCUGGGACGCCUCCCAGGGUUUCACAAAUGAGGUUGACGGCGCGACUUAUGCUGCACAAAUGAAAAAGAUUCUAUCCGAGGACGUUACAUCUGCCUCUUCGAGCUCAUCUUCUUCGGUUGCCGUAUUGCUUUCAACUUCUACCAGUUCUACUUCGUCUGCGGCAGCUCCCACAUCCUCUUCUGUCAGCUCCCUUUCCUCUGCUACAUCUUCCACGUCUCUCACACCUUCUGUCUCAAGCGAUACCACAUACUCGACCGUUUCUUCUUGGUGGAGCAUCCCAACUUCUUCACUAGUUGCGGCAUCUCACGUUCACGGUUCUCAGAGUACCACCAGCGACGUUUCCACUGUUUCGUCGGGUUCAACCACACAAACACCAAGUUCCAAACAAUCUUCUGAAAUCAGCACCACGCAAUCUGCCCCUUCAACUUCUCAGACUAUUUUAAGUGCGUUGAUGAUUACCUCGAGCCCUAGCUCCUCUGAAAGCCUUUCUUCGAUUACUAGUGCUGCUGUCGAAACUUCUGUUUCUACUUCUUUUUCCAGCACCACAUCUCAAUCUUCUACCUUAUCCACAGUCUACACCUCCAGCGCUGUUCCUACUUCGUCACAGGGUGCGCCAGCGACAAACUCUAAAAACAUUACCACAACUUUGGCACCCACCACCGUACCACCAUACGCCCCAAGCACCACACCUUCCGUGCCAAGCAGCUCUGCGACAGGAUCCUGGGCUCACCAAAGGGCUAAAGAACUCAAUGCUCAAUUUGCUGCAGGACAGUUGAACGGCAAGUCAGAUUGCCAGGAUGGCGAAAUUACUUGCUCGGCUGAUGGUAAAAUCGCUAUUUGCAAUUACGGUUCUUGGGUUUAUACACAGUGUGCCGACGGCACCACAUGCUUUGCGUACGACAAUAAUGACACAGUCUACACAAGCUGUAACUUUUCAUACAUGAAGGACAGCUUUGUGUGA